CCCUGCUUCCUGGCUUCCCGCGUGCCCCUCAGCAGCCCUGCGGGGCUCACCGCCUGCCGCACGCACUCCCGCCGGCGCGCGCGCACUCGCACUCACUAGCUCGCUCGCCCUCUCCUCCUUCCGCGUUACCUGUGUCAGGACACCAAUCCGGAGCCACUGGGAGUCUCGGUCCUCCUUAAACCCAUCAAGUCUGUUAGAUAGAAUACCCUGGAUUUCAAUAUAAUACUAAUAGUGAUCAUUCUGAAGUAAUCUCAAUUUACAGAGCACUUUCAAAACAGCCUUUCACUUAGGGCAGUAACUCCUGUACCAAAAGAACGUACACUCGGUAUUUGUUGCAUACAUGGAUAACUAUAGUUCAGCAGGUAAAUGUCCAUUUUACGUAAAGAUGAAAAAAACUGACCUAGGAGGAACUCAGUCUGUCCUAUUAAGAUCACAUUCUUACCAUCAUCCCCUCUUGAAGAUACAGUUCUCAAAAAUCGUCUUAAAUGCCCAACCUCCCCCGUUUUGUCCAUUCUAGGCAGAAUCAAUUUAGUUACUGAUUAUGUGUGUGUGGAUAAUUUACUGACCAAACUCCCUCAAAGAAGCAAUGUAGUCUUUUGUAGAAUUCGACCAUUAAAUAUUUACCUUGUGACAGGAACUGCGGUAGGCAAAAAAAGUCAAAUAAUUAUCGUACAAUUUAAGUGCUACAAUAGAAAGGUUUAAAUGUGCUAUGGAAACACAAGGAACAGCAAUUCGUUCUUAGAGGUAAAAGAGAUUAAGUUACAAAGAAACUACAGGUGAAAUUCCAGCUAAUCUUGAGACUAUAAAUAGUUCACUAGAGAGGUAAGAAUGGAGAUUCCAGCAAAGUCAUAGAGGCAUGAAGUUCAUCUUUCCUUCAAGGAUGAGCAAGUUCCAGGCCUGGCAGCUCACAUGGAUAACAACUGUCUCCCAACAUUGGCCCAGGGACAUGUCUUUCCCUAAACAAACCAACCUCUCCUCACGUCCCCCACUCUGUACUUUCACUGACUAUGCGUUGGCAGAUUCUGCCAAGUUCCACCUGUAACUGGCUUCAUUUUCAAGUCAGAUGUUUGGCUGCUGCUCUGUCCCCUGCAACAAGGAGCCAUGCCAGCUGGACGCACACUUCUUCCGGGGCCUCUGGCAGCCAGGACAGAGUUGAGACCACAGCUGUUGAGACCCUGAGCCCUGAGUCUGUAUUGCUCAAGAAGGGCCUUCCCCAGCAAUGACCUCCUCAUUGCUUCUGGCCUUUCUCCUCCUGGCUCCAACCACAGUGGCCACUCCCAGAGCUGGCGGUCAGUGUCCAGCAUGUGGGGGGCCCACCUUGGAACUGGAGAGCCAGCGGGAGCUGCUUCUUGAUCUGGCCAAGAGAAGCAUCUUGGACAAGCUGCACCUCACCCAGCGCCCAACACUGAAUCGCCCUGUGUCCAGAGCUGCUUUGAGGACUGCACUGCAGCGCCUCCGCGGGGUCCCACAGGGGGCACUUCCGGAGGACAACGGGGAACAGGAAUGUGAAAUCAUCAGCUUUGCCGAGACAGGCCUCUCCACCAUCAACCAGACUCGUCUUGAUUUUCACUUCUCCUCUGAUAGAACUGCUGGUGACAGGGAGGUCCAGCAGGCCAGUCUCAUGUUCUUUGUGCAGCUCCCUUCCAAUACCACUUGGACCUUGAAAGUGAGGGUCCUUGUGCUGGGUCCACAUAACACCAACCUCUCCUUGGCUACUCAGUACCUGCUGGAGGUGGAUGCCAGUGGCUGGCAUCAACUCCUCUUGGGGCCUGAAGCUCAAGCUGCCUGCAGCCAGGGGCACCUGACCCUGGAGCUGGUACUUGAAGGCCAGGUAGCCCAGAGCUCAGUCAUCCUGGGUGGAGCUGCCCAUAGGCCUUUUGUGGCAGCCCGGGUGAGAGUUGGGGGCAAACACCGGAUUCACCGACGAGGCAUCGACUGCCAAGGAGGGUCCAGGAUGUGCUGUCGACAAGAGUUUUUUGUGGACUUCCGUGAGAUUGGCUGGCACGACUGGAUCAUCCAGCCUGAGGGCUAUGCCAUGAACUUCUGCAUAGGGCAGUGCCCACUACACAUAGCAGGCAUGCCUGGUAUUGCUGCCUCCUUUCACACUGCAGUGCUCAAUCUUCUCAAGGCCAACACAGCUGCAGGCACCACUGGAGGGGGCUCAUGCUGUGUACCCACGGCCCGGCGCCCCCUGUCUCUGCUCUAUUAUGACAGGGACAGCAACAUUGUCAAGACUGACAUACCUGACAUGGUAGUGGAGGCCUGUGGGUGCAGUUAGUCUGUGUGUGGUAUGGGCAGCCCAAGGUUGCAUGGGAAAACACGCCCCUACAGAAGUGCACUUCCUUGAGAGGAGGGAAUGACCUCAUUCUCUGUCCAGAAUGUGGACUGCCUCUUCCUGAGCAUCUUUUGGAAAUUAUCCCACCUUUGACUUGAAGAAACUUUCAUCUAAAGCAAGUCACUGUGCCAUCUUCCUGACCACUACCCUCUUUCCUAGGGCAUGGUCCAUCCCGCUAGCCCCACAUGCUUAACCCCGACUCAAGGGACUCAGACCCAUCUCCAACCAUGAGCGAUGCCAUCUGGUUCCCAGGCAAAGACACGCUUAGCUCACCUUUAAUUGACCCCAUAACCCACUAUGCCUUCCUGUCCUUUCUACUCGAUGGUCUCCACUCCAAGAUGAGCUGAAACAGCCCCUUCCCCCGAUUUUUGUGCAUCUCCAGAGAGCCCCUUCUUUGGAUUCACCAAAGUUUAGAUCACUGCUGCCCAAAAUAGAGGCUUACUUACCCACCUCUUUGUUGUGAGCCCCUUUCCUUCUUAGUUGUCCAGGUGAACUGCUAAAGCUCUCUUUGCAUACCUUCAUCCAUUUUUUGUCCUUCUCUGCCUUUCUCUAUGCCCUUAAGGGCUGACUCGCCUGAGCUCUAUCACCUGAGCUCCCCUGCCCUCUGGCUUCCUGCUGAGGUCAGGGCAUUUCUUAUCCCUGUUCCCUCUCUGCCUGGGUGCCAUGGUUCUGUGUAACUGUGGCUAUUCUGUGUCCCUAUACUAGUAGCCUGGCUACCCCCUUCCAUGGCCCCACCUCUGCCUACAUUCUGAUAUAACUGCUUCAACACUAGGGGGUCCUAAAGGCUUUCUAUCUUGCUAGUCCCUGGGUCCUCAACAUCUCUUACUGGUUCCCUUAACUCUGCCUAUACCUCUGUAAAUAAUUCCUUCACUAAGUUCUCUUGAUGAAGAAAAACAGACAGCUGAAUGGUCCUCUAUCUCCUACAAGGGCCCUAACUGGCACCCCAGACACAGAGCCUGCCUGCCUAUGCUGUAGUCUGCCUACUCUGCUCUCUCUUCACAUGGUCUCCUCAGAACUGAGCUAUUGUAUCCAUCUCACACUUUAUGCCUCUUCUUUCUUAGGCACCCCCGUCCCUCUAUCCUUCCAGAACCAUCUUUGAGGUCUCAUGGCUAAUAAAAACCUAGGCUUUACCUGUUCCCUCCGUAAUCCCUCCAAAAGAUGAGACAGAUCGAUGCUUAGUCAUCCAGUAAACUGACCAGCUGUGUGCACGCAAGUGUAGGAGGCAGAGGCACGCUCAGAGCUGGCUGCCAGGACCUCUGACUUGCCUUCCUUUCACCCGUCCCCAGUGCUCCACCCAGGAGUCCUGCCUGGAAGCUGGAAUGGGCAAGGGCUGCUGGAGUGGGACAGGGAGAAGAGGAAGGCCUGGAUGAGGAGAGGGUGGCAUUUGCUCUGAGACUGGGUCUUUUUUAGACCUUUGCCCUUCCUCCCCCACAUCUCCUCCCUUUGGUUGGACAGUCCUGAACCACAAAGUCGAUAUUGUCUGCAGCCCAAGGCCGAGUUUGCGCAAAACCCAUGUGUUCUUUGGUAAACGUGAUGUCUGUGUUUGCUCAGUUUAUAACCCCCUCCUAUGAGGGUAAGAGGUCCCUGAAAUAGAAACCCUAGAGGAGAAAGUCUGAAAAGGACUGCCUGGGGGACUGUAAAUCUGAGCCUGAGGGCUUCCUGAGCAACCCAUGGAAGUUAUCCCACCUUUGACUUGAGGAGACCUUCAUCUAAGGAGAAUCUAAGGAGGCCUUCUGGUGUCUCCCCCACACACCCCCGACCCCCAGAUCUAACCUCCUUCCCAAGUACAGCUUAGUCCCCAGGGCUAAGACUGGGGUAAAGCAAAGUGAGUCAUUCACCUGGGGGGGCUAAAUUUUAAGGGGUUGGUGAACAAUUUAUUAAUCAAGAUAGGACUUUAAUGCAAUAUUAUUUUAAAGUCAAAAUUAAUGCAAAAAAUCCAUGAUGAAAAAAUAGCCUACUUUUAAAUAAAAACAGGAUCAGUAUUA